GGAGGAGCGAUUCGGCUCCCGCUGGCGGGCGGGCGGGCGGCGACCCGGGCAGCUCCGGGAUGGGGCGCGGGGCCCCGGGCGCGGUGGCGCGGUGAGCAGCAACCCAGGGCGGCCGCGGCGGCGGUGAGUAUCGGCGGGCGCCGCCAUGGGGCUCCGGAAGAAGGGCUCCAAGAACCCCCCGGUGCUGAGCCACGAAUUCAUCCUGCAGAACCAUGCGGACAUGGUGUCCUGCGUGGGGAUGUUCUUCGUUCUGGGGCUGAUGUUCGAGGGCACGGCCGAGGUGUCCAUCGUCUUCCUGACCCUGCAGCACGGCGCGCCCGUCCCCGCGGGGGAGGCGGCGGCGGCGGGCGUCCGCACGCUGUACCACUACGGCGUCAAGGACCUGGCCACCGUGUUCUUCUACACUCUGGUGGCCAUCAUCGUGCACUCCACGCUCCAGGAUUGCGUGCUGGACAAGAUCGGCCGGAGGAUGCAGUUCACCAAGGCCCGGCAGAGCAAGCUCAACGAGUCCGGGCAGCUGAGCGUGUUCUACGUGGUGUCGUGCGUGUGGGGCACCUUCAUCCUGGUGUCCGAGAACUGCCUGGCCGACCCGACCCUCCUGUGGAGGGCGCCCUCGCACCACCUGAUGACCUUCCAGAUGAAGUUCUUCUACAUCUCGCAGUUGGCUUACUGGUUUCACAGUUUUCCCGAGCUCUACUUCCAGAAGAUCAAAAAACAAGACAUCCCCGGUCAACUCAUCUACAUUGGCCUCCACCUCUUCCACAUCUCCGGAGCUUAUCUUCUCUACUUGAAUCACCUGGGACUCCUUCUUCUGGUGCUGCAUUAUUUUGUCGAAUUACUUUCUCACCUGUGCGGCCUGUUUUAUUUCAGUGACGAGAAUUACCAGAAAGGAGUUUCUCUGUGGGCCCUUGUGUUUAUUUCAGGGAGACUUGUGACUUUAAUUGUUUCCAUAGUCACUGUUGGGUUUCAUCUGGCAGGAUCGGAUUCACAGACCCGGAAUACCACGGACACGCUCACUGGAAACGUAAAUGUGUUGGCUGCUAAAAUUGCAGUUCUGUCUUCCAGUUGCUCGAUCCAAGUGUACAUAACAUGGACUUUGAUUACUGUCCGGGUUCAGAGGUGGGUGGAAGAUUCUACUCUGCAGGCAUCCAAUGUGAAGAAGAAACGGUCCACAAGUAAAGGAAAGUCUAGAAAAAGAACAGAAAAUGGAAUGGAAACGUCAAAUAGAGUAGACUCUCCCCCAAAGAGGAAAGAGAAAUCCUUAUGACGAAGCAGGAGCAAACUGAUCAGUCUCCAAAGGAAUCGGCGUAUGAGAUUUUUUUGUGCCACAAAUCUGUUUUCCAGAAUAUUUUGUGCUCUUUGAUUAAUGGCAGCGUCCUGUUAAAUGUAUUUUUAAGGUAUUUGAGGGACAAGUGGUUAUUAUGAGUGAAAAAAAAAUUUUUUUGGUUAAGACUAAGGUAUUCAUCAUCAAAGCAGUGUCAAAAUACUAUACUUUGUUUUUACCUUUUACAGAGUCACUUCCUAAUGAUUAAUGGAAAUAACUGCAAAAUUUCAUUUUUCAGUGGUACAGUUUUUUGUUCCCACUAAUAUUAAUGAUACAAAAUGAUUUGUUAUAACAAUUUCAUAAUUUAGUGUUGUUUCAUUAUGAAAUGGAAAGAUCUAAAAAAGUAGAUAGAGGUCAUGUCAGUAUUCAAUUUUUAUUCUUCUUAGAGUUUGUAACAAAAUAUUUGUAAAACCACAAAAUAAUCCUGUAUUUUAUUUCAUGGGUAUUUUAUUUUAAUUGUUAGUGCUGCAUUCCCAUUAAAGUAUGAAAACACUAAUAUGUAUCAUGCAUAGAGAUUUAUUGCCAUAUAUAUUGAAUCAAAAUAAUUAAUAUAGAAAUAUUACUGGAGCGUAAAAAUAAAUCCCAUUCAUUUUACACACUUGUAGAAGGAUAUUUAUAAAUAUUACUGAAGACAUUAAAUCUAACUAAACUUUUUAAUAUUUUUAUUAAAACAAUUCUUAAUGAGCAUUCAUAAAUUUGCUAACAAUAACAUCUUAGAAAAAUUUUGUUUUAUCUGUAAAAGAUUCUAAAACCUAAUAUUUGAUUUGUAUGGAUAAAAAUAAUGACAGCUAUUGAAUUUGGAAAACAUUAAGUACAUUAAACAAAAACCUUAAAAAUCAGUGGGUAGUCUUAUGAAAAACUUCUUAAAAUUAUUGUUUUGCUUCCAUCUUCAAUUGAGAUUUAUUUGUAUGAGACAUGGAAAUUUUAUAUCUGUAUAUGUAAUUUGUAUCUACAGAAGUCUGUAGCAACAAUGUAUGUAGUAUGUGAAUAUAUUUGUCUUUUCAAUCCUUAUUUUUAUUUCAUUUCCAUGUUUUUCUUGUAUAUCUUUUCAAGGAUGUAGUAAUUUAAAAUAUGCUAGGGUAACACCGUAUGUUUUCUAGUCUUGUAUAUUUUCUUAGAGUAUAUCUCUCAUUUGUUGCUUUUGGUAGCCUUUUCUUAGGAAUCUUCUAAAUGAUUUAACUUUUCCAGCCAGUGCGAUUAUUAAAAAAUUAAAUUUGGUGCAUUUGUAUUACAGAUAGCAAAACAACUCUUGGAAAACAUUUUUUCUAUUUGGCUGCUUUCAAAUCGAAGUAACAGAAUAGUGCUUUUUUUUUUUUUUUUUUUUUUUAAUUGCUGAACACUUGAAUACUGGUAGCACAAGCUCAAAGGAACAUAAAUCCCAUGUUAGAUAACUGGUGAAUAACUAGUACAAACACCUUUUCAUAUUACUGGGAGCACUUGUUGACAUCCUUCACUUUUAAAGAAUGCUACCUUGUUACCUGUAAUGACUUCUGAUAAUACAUGUCUUAGCUAUUAGAAUGUUCGUUUGCAAACAAAUGCAGCCCUGACUGAACUGACAACAAAUUGCAGGAAAAAAAAUUUUUUAUGUAAUUGACAAUACUAAAGUGUAAGUUAGGCUUGCCAAUAAAUAUAAGUAAGCCUGGAUGGAUUUCCUUAAGGUUUUCUUUCCUCUGUCCUCAGAUUAACAUUUUAUGUGCCAGCCACUGAUCAUAGCUAUUAAGCUUUGAUUUCCUUAAUGCUCCAUGGUUAGAGUAAGUAAAAACAAAACAAAAAAAAAAAAUGAUUUUUGAAAUUCCUGUAGUGCUAAAGUGUAGCACUAAUGCUAAACUGGCUUGAGAAAGGAAUAUAUUGCACUGAUUGAUUUAAGUUUAUGUGCCCUAUCAAUCAAAAAUGGCUAAAUGGUUUUAUUUUAAAAGAAGUUGUAAAGUUAUUCAGGAGAAUGUAGAAGAAUGCUACUAACCACAUCUGAACUGCUCAUGAAUUCACUGAAUACUGUAAAAUAAAUCUAUGCUAAAUAAAUUAUGGAAGCAAUAUUACAAAUGAAAUUUA